AUGGUGAGACCAUCGGCGAGAAGAGACGGCGACCGCAACGACGUUGGCGGGCGUUACAAGGGCGUGAGGAUGAGGAAGUGGGGGAGGUGGGUGGCGGAGGUUCGGCAGCCAAACAGCAGAGACAGAAUCUGGCUAGGAUCGUACGGAACGCCGGAGGAGGCCGCCAGAGCCUACGACGCCGCCGUGUUUUGCUUGCGUGGCCCGUCUGCAAUUCUCAAUUUUCCUUCAACCCCGCCGGAUAUUCCCAACGCUGCUGAUCUAUCGCCGCCAGAAAUUCAGGUCACUGCGUCUAAACACGCUCGCAAGGCGCCGGAGGAUUGUGAAGGACCAGAGUUGAAAACGCCGGUUCAGCCUGAGCAAUCGGCGGCAGGUCCAGUUCCAAAUGAGUUGAAGUUUUCGAUGCUUUUUGGGGAAUCAUCGGACAUGCAUGGAUAUUCAGAAUGGACCUUUUAAAGAUUUUACUUAUCUAAAUAAAGCAUCUGUUGCAGGAAAGAUUCUCUUACAUUAGAUUAGAGCCAUGGCCAAACUGCUACCCUUCAUAGAGAUGCGGUGAUAGCCACUAGGUAGGAAUUUUUAUACUAGUAAAAGGUUAGGCAUCUUUGAAAUUGAGAUGCAGACAAGAACGAUGUUAGAAUGGAAAAACAGAUGACUGUAUCAUUCCUUUCUUUUAUAUACAUAAUUUGUGGGCUCCCGCUUUUCAUAAAAAAAUAAUAUUUUUCUUA